AUGAAUUGGGUACCGCAUUCUAAUGAGCCAAUCGUAAUGAACGUAGGGACCGAUGGAAACGCCGAGCUCUCGGAGAAUGAGCUUCGAAGUGUCAGUGAAAUUUCAGCAAACGUUCCUUCAACCAAGUGCAGUCUCGAGCCAAGAACACCGCACAAAGAAGAGCAGCGACGGUCAAGACAUAAUGCCAAUGAACGUCGUCGGACUAACGCGUUAAAGACGCGGAUCUUGGAGAUGCGAGAAGAGGUCGAAGCGCUGGAGCGACAGCGGUUGAGACUCAAGCGAGAAACAUUUUCAGAAGAUCCCGCACUAUUGGAUACGAUAACGCUGAUUGAUCAGCUUCGACAGGAGCAGCAAGAGCUUUACAAGAAGAUGCGGACCUAUGACAUGCAGAACAGCACGUACCAGACAAUCCUUUCCGAGUACAGAGCUGAUUCGGCUUCUUUUGAAGUCGCAGAUGGUCAAUAUGAUACUGAAAUCAUGGACUUGAAUGAGGACAAGUUGAUUGAAACGCCAAUCUUUCUGCGUGUGCUUUUCCGUCGUCCUUUGUCCCUUGACGUCGUCAUGGCGUGUGUGAAGGAGAGCUAUGAAUCGAUCAUGGCAUUUCGUGCCGAGCGCGACUUUGAAUCGCUAGACACGGAGGUGCUGGGUUGGAGUGAUAAGCGCAUUUUGAACGCCAGAUCACUGCGGUUUAUGCUGUCACAACGAUUCGAGUACGUGCCGCCAUCGGAGCUCGUGUACAAGACGUGGAAUUUGCUGACGAACCUUAAACUCUAUCGGCACAUGCAACCACGCACUGUGGCACUGGAGCUGCUCCAACACGUGACGGAGGAUUGUGUCAUUGUACGGCUGAGUGUGAGCAAUGGCAACAAGGUACACCACUCGAUAUUGCUAAUUGCACGUGGCCGUAUCGACAGUGGCUACUUAAUCACGUACCGUUCGAUUCCGCUGUCCAAGGGGCAGCGGCAAUUUGCCUCUACAGAAAGCAACUAUGUCAAUCUCUUUAACUGGUACAUGUUCCUGGAGAAGAUGACUUCGGAGGGUAUUCCAGCGUGCGAAGUGACAUUCGGUGGUGGUGUAGAGAACCAGUCAAUGGAGUAUCUGCGCUAUCUCAUGAUGGAGGUCGUGGCUGGUGUCGUGCGAUGGCAAACUGCAGUUGGACACAACAAGUUUCGUCUGACGUCAAAUUGA